GCAGCGAUGAGGGAGCCACGCCCAGAUGGCCUGACACACAGAUAUCCUGACAACCCGGGAACCCACAUUCCAAUCCGCCCUGAAACAGCUUCUUCGAUAUCGAUCUCACUCCCUCCACUCACAACCAUAGUUGAUCAGCUAUCUAGCUUUCUCCUCCUCGCCAGCGCCCCGCUCGUCUCCCCCUGGUCACUAAACUGGGGGCCCCUCAACAGCGCCGGUGUCCCAAAAUACCACCGAGCGGGAAGCACCAAUCUGGACGCAUGUCAAGAUUUCCGCGUUGAGUACUCGAACCGGCCCGCAAAGGUCCCAGCCCCGGGCUACCUGGUCUGGCUACCCAACGAGAACAGGAACACUGGGUGCUGCCUUCAUCUCUACGGUAGCAGUAAUGGGGUUAAUCAUUACUGUAGGAGACUGGACGGCGGGGAGCGCCGUGUGGGCCAGUUUUGUGAUGGGAAGAAUAAGAGGAUUUAUCUGAACGCGAAUGAGGGGAUAGGCAGCUACAGGAUUAUGGGAUGUAAGAAGGUGUAAGUGGCGGAAGGAAAUAAGCGUGAGGGAAAAGAAGGGGGGAGCUGGGUUGAAAGCCGUUUUUUUUUGCGAAAUUGCACUAAAAUAGGGAGGGGAGAGCGUCGAAAAGUACUUUGUAUCCUCGAGACAUCAUAGGCAAGGUUGUUUUGUUCGUUUUGUAAAUAAUCCAGGAUCCGCCUUUUCUAAAAUGCCGAAAAAAGGAGGAAGGCGCUAUCGUCUUGUUUUGCGCACCUUUACUAGUCAUAUUCGUGGAUUGCGGCACCGUAGCAGAGCAUCGGGACUGGGAGCUUCAGUGCCUUCCAUAAG